AAAUAUCCCUUCGUCCGCGCGGUUGCGGAGAGAAACGAGAAAAGACCCCGAAAAAGGCGAGAAGGGUUUGGGUUUUCUUGCCGUCAAUCCCAUCUCCCCUCCCUUAUCUCGAUCUAUUAUUCUUCACUCUUAUCUCCUCUCUCACGCUCUGAUCGGAGGGAUUGGAGGUCGAUCAUGGCGACGGAAGAGCGGAGGAAGGAGGCGGAGGCGGAGGCGGAGGUCGUCUACAAGACGAAGGUCAUCCAGUUCCUCGGCCGCUCCACCCCCAUCAUCCUCCAGAACGACAACGGUCCCUGCCCUCUCCUGGCCAUCUGUAAUGUUCUGCUGCUAAGGAAUAACCUUAAUCUGAGUUUGGAUGUGUCGGAGGUCUCGUUGCAGAAGCUGCUUUCUCUCGUUGCAGAAAGGCUGAUUGAUUCCAACAGCAAUGUUCAGGACAAGGAUGAUGGGUAUGUUAGCAACCAGCAACAGAACAUAUCGGAUGCCAUCGACCUGCUGCCUCGUCUUGCUACUGGAAUUGAUGUUAAUGUGCAUUUCAGGAAGAUAAAUGAUUUUGAGUUCACGCGGGAGUGUGCCAUAUUUGAUCUCCUUGAUAUUGGUUUGUACCAUGGGUGGAUAGUUGAUCCUCAGGAUACUGAUACUGCAGCGGCAAUUGGGUCUAAGUCUUAUAAUACACUUGUUGCUGAGCUUGUUGCCUUCGAAGCAAGGAAAUCUGAGAGAGAAAAUAAGAUUAUGCAAGAAGAAGACUCUGUUGAUUUUGCUGCUGCAACAACUGCAACAUUAGGAGUUCCAUCGCCAUGCCUUUCAAGAGGUAGAUCAUUUGACGAAUAUCCAGUCUCAACAUCUGUUGAGCAACGAAGAGGGAGAGGUGACAUGGAAGAAGAAGAAGAGCUGAUGAGAGCCUUGAACCUCUCUAGAGCUGAAAUGUCCAAUCCAGUUAAUGUUUCCAUGUCCCCUGAUGCUGAUUGUAGUAAUCCAUCUAAACUGGAGGAAAGCGCACAUCAGUGUUCUGGAUUUGGAACUCAUGUUGAUUCUUUGGGGGUACAAAAUGGAGCUGAAUCUGAAAAGUUGUAUCAGUCAGACUUGUUUGCACCACAAGAAUCCAAUGCAUCCAGUAAUUGGAAGGAUGAUGCCACGGCAGAGGAUGGGUCCUUGAUUCCCAGGGCUAGUUCUGGAAAUAAUGCUGGCCAGUCAAUCUCUGAAGGAUCCAUGAAACUUUUAAUAUCUGGUGAUUCAAAGAAGACUGUAAGGACUGAUAUUUUAAUGCAAAAUGUGGAUCCACCUCUGCUAUCUACUGAAGAAGAUGGUUCUGAUAGGUGCUGCACUAACAAAGACCUAAUGAUUGCUUCAGGAGAGGAUCAACAGAGGCAUGAUAAGCACACUGAUAAUCUGAUUGAUCGCGACUCUGCAGUUUCUUCCGGUCCAAUCGCCCAUUGUUCUGAUUUCCUUUCCUCAAAUGGAAGAGAAGAGCUUUCUGAUGUUUCUGAGGCUGUCAGUUCAAGCUUUGAAGGGAGUGAGCCCAUAUAUGAAGGAGAAGAACGCAUUCUUGAAUCUGCAUUUACGACACAUGAAAACCGAGAGCCAGUCUAUGAAGGUGAGGCAAUUCUGGCUGAGCAGGCUGACAAAAUGGAGGAGGAUGACAGCCCUAAAAAUUUGGAAGAUGAGGUCACUCAGCACCAAUGGCAACUGAUAAAAAACUUUUUGGAAAAUAAUGCAAGCCAAUUGACCAUCUAUGGCCUAUUUUGCUUGCAAGAGGGGCUUAAAGAAAGAGAACUAUGUGUCUUUUUCCGUAAUAAUCAUUUCAGCUCUAUGUUUAAGUUCAAUGGUGAACUCUAUCUCUUGGCUACUGAUCAAGGUUAUAUUAACCAACCUGAUUUGGUGUGGGAAAAGUUAAAUGAGGUAAAUGGAGAUACUGUUUUCAUGACUGGCAACUUCACGGUAUUUAAGGCCGAAAAUCAAAUCAGUGACUUGUGGAAUGAACAGAACGCCAUGACCAGUACUGCUGAUUAUCUAGCUUCUCUUGAAAGUUCAUCUCCAUCCAGUUCAACUCUAAAUUCUGACCUGCAACUGGCGAUUGCACUUCAACAACAGGAGUUUGAACAACAGCCCCCAUGCCAGCAACAACAGCAUCCACAACAGCCACCUGUUAGUGGUCGUUCAAGGCUUGUCACAGGUCCUCAGGCACCCAGGAACCCCGCUCCUUCACAAAAGAGCGAAUCAAAAGCAAAGGAUAAGUGCGUUGUGAUGUGAGAAACACAUACAUUGUAAAUGAUUGUGUACACCGGUCAAAUGUAUUACAAACUUCAAGUUUCAGUUUGUGUAAAUAAGUCAUUACAGAAAUUGUUUCUAAUAAGGGUCCAAAUCUAUAUGCCAUUUUACAUG